GUGGGAAAGAGGCAUGCCAUUGGAGGCAGAAGAGGAGUCUCUGCCUGUCUGUGUCCAUGUCUCUGCUCCGUUCCCGGCUUCAUUCCGACAAAGACCGUCAGUGUCCCGCCUGCUGUGCUACCUCUGGAUUUAAGUCAGCUGGAUUACUGCUUGGACUCUGUGCUCAUUAUUCCACGCUGCCACAUUUAAAUGGGAGGCAAAGUUGGACCGCCAUGGAAUGCACGAAUGGUGAAAAACAGUUUGGUUUUUCUUGUGCUUUUAAGAGCUUCCUAGCAUUCAAAAUGAGCCCACUUUUCUUCUUUAAAAGUGUUUUUAUACGUAAAUUAAUUUGAGCUCUUUCUCUUCUGUAUCGCCUGUUUAAAGUAGGUUAGUUAUUUUGCAAUAUAACAUUUUGUACUUGGCUGCCAGGGCACAUUUUGAUGUGAAAGAUGAGUGGGGAAGCGGGAUAGAAUCAUGUCUCGAGCGUAACCUUUUGGAAAAGUCUGUCUUUUUAAAGCUGGUCUCAAAGUUUUACAUUGAAAAUGUGACUGUAUCACUUUAAAAAAAAAUUUCCUGGGAUCUGUUACUGUCAGAUUUUGAUUUUUUUUUUUGGUCCAUUACAUUGGACUGCAUGUGAACUUGCAUCUUAUCCAGUUCAUCCCUCUCCAAGGGAACCCUCAAACUAAACUCUUGCCUGUUAACCCACUUAGACUCCCGAUCUCCCCUGUGGGGUUUUCUUUAUAACAUUCGUCCUAUUCUAGUGUACUGAGGAAAGCAAAAGCCAAACCAGCAAAGGGGGUACUGGGAAGGAAGUCACCCCCCUCCCAAAGGUGAGAGGGGGGGAAGAUGGCAGCUCUCGCCAGCUCUCUCAUUAGACAGAAACGGGCGGUCAAGGACGACCAAGCCAACCGACCAGUAGCCAGCAAGCGCAAGCCCUGUCCUAAGAGCAACAAGUCCCUGUGCCAGAAACAGAUCCUUGUCCUGAUCUCCAAAGUACGGCUAUGCGGAGGUCGAAAAGGGCGAAAUGACAAAAGACCAGAGCCACAGCUGAAAGGCAUUGUUACCCGGCUGUACAGCCAACAUGGAUACUACCUGCAGAUGCAGCCUGAUGGCACUGUCGACAGCACAAGGGAUGAAAGCAGUUCAUUUUCACAGUUCAACUUAAUUCCAGUGGGGCUGCGGAUUGUGGCAAUUCAGGGGGCAAAGACAGGGUUCUACCUCGCCAUGAAUAGUGAAGGAUACCUCUAUACAUCAGAGCACUUCACUCCUGAGUGCAGGUUCAAAGAGAGCGUGUUUGAGAACUACUACGUUACGUACUCCUCCAUGCUCUAUCGCCAGACCCAGUCUGGCCGUUCCUGGUAUAUCGGUAUCAACCGUGACGGUCAGGUCAUGAAGGGCAACCGGGUAAAGAAGACCAAGGGAGCGGCACACUUCCUGCCUAAAGUUAUAGAGGUUGCAAUGUAUAAGGAGCCAUCGCUACACGAGCUAGUCAGUGAGCCAGUGAGCCCACCUCGGAAGACGGUGAAGACAUCAGAUUCGCCGUCCCUAAAGAAUGGACAGAAAGAAGCUCCCAAGGCUGAGGCCUCAUAGCACAGGAGAAUGAGGGUGGGACAAAGGGUAGCAGUGACACUUGAAACAAAGUUGCCCACUAUGCACUGAGGGUGGCUGGGGGAAUGGUCCUCAGCGGCCACCUCAUUCCAGAAGUGCACUCCAAGAUGCUGAGGGAUAAAGAGUCAGCAGUCCAUCAGCAGCCAAGAAGACCUGAGAGAGGAGUCCCCCCUCACCUGAAACCACAAAAGGAAAGCCCAGGGUCUGAGCCAGAACUCCUACCACCGCCCACCCUUUCUCCUAGUGUCACCUCUUUCUGUACCUGUUGUGAUUUGCUUACGUGCAGCCCCAUUUAUUUCUCCGUCAGGAUCAAGCUUCUUUGUCUGCUGACAGUUUCAUCUUUUCUCAUAUGCCUUCCCCACCAUCAGCUCUAUUGUACUGUAUAGUCACCACACACACACACACACACACAUAUCCAGCACUGACUCCGCAGGAUAAUCCUCACCCAUGGGCUCCCUCUUGAGCCCUAAAGUUGGUGACAGUGUGGCUCAGCCAGCUUUCCACCCACCAUCUGCCUACCAGCUAAUCACUAAGGUCAACUAAAGCUCAAAGUGAGAUGAUAUGGCUUAGAGACGAAAGAAAUCUGCAGGAAGCUUGGAUCGGGUCAGGUCAGCAGCAACUAAAAACGAAUCCUUUUCCUCUUUUGUUUGCUUUCUUUGCUAGCUGUGAUAAUAACUGGAUGAUGCUAAAAACAUUAUAUCAAAUAAGCAGAGAGGUGGGGAUGGUUGCUUCAGUCCUGUUGGAGAUAAGAAAGCAGAAUGUUUGAAUUUCACAGCAAAUGCUAUGAAGUUCAGGAGCAAGGAACUGCUCGCAUAGGUGUAAGCAGUGGUUCCCAGUAAAAUAAAUUAAUAACCUAAAGCAGCUACUCUUCUUGGGAAGAUGAGCCAUAAAAUAUCAUUUACUUUCAUGUAUUUUUGUUUUUGUUUUUCCAGACUCUAAUGGAAAGGGUCAAAAGGCUUGAGCAAUAUUUAUACCAGCAAAAACAAAAACAGGGGCGGCAUAAGUAAGUGAGACAGUGCAUGACACCCUCUUUCUACUGCAGUAAUCUCUAACAGGUGAUCGCUAAUUAUGGCGCUUGCUCAUUAAAGGCUACAAAUGAAACAACUGGCUCAUAUUUUAAACCCAGGGUGGAUCAGUCACCUGAAAAAGCACGCUAGUGUACACUUUGCUCGGCAUCUGCUGUCAGCGUAAAGCCAGGUUUGAAGCCCAACAUCAAAGCCAAAGGAGCCUCUGAGUUGGAGCACUUGUUAUUCUGAGGAUGUCUGGCAGCUUAUCCACUCACUAGCUUUAUCAAAUCACCUUGGAAGAAUUGCCCUCAAAAAUGUAGUUGUCUGAGUGAACGUCUUGCUGUGAUUGUGUUUUAACCCCCUUAUGUGGCUGUCUUUUAGAGUAUAAAUGUUAGGUAAGAUUCUGUGUGAAUGAGUGCAUGCACAGAGGAUAGAAAGAGGAACUGUGGGUAACCUCUACUGUGUCCUUCAGACACAGCACAAUGUUGCGUCUUUGACAUGUCUGUGUCGUGGAAUAGGUUAUACUUUGUACCACUCUCACUGACUUUUGUGUGAUGUGUAUAUAUUUUAAAUGAAUGAGUGUCCUCAAAGGAAUCUUCAUUAAAUGUAACUUUUUUUUUUAGUUUCAAUUAACCGGUAUUUUGAUUGCAUCGAGAGUGAACUGCAUGCAAUUUUAGAAUUGUAUGCAACUGACCUGAUACAAGGUGUCUAAAUGGGAGAUGUCAGGGAUAUUUCAGUGAUGGCUGCUGUUGGGUGCUGUCUGCUCUGGUAAGUCACGCAGGGGAAAAACAAAUGUCAUCACAAUGUUCAGUCAAAGUGAAUGGUGCAUGGAUACUACCAACAAACACAGACAGCGUUAAGUCCCUCGCUAUGACAGGAAAGAGCAAUGUUGGGAGAUGGGGAAGCCAAACGGGAAAAAAAUGCCUAUUAGAUGGCUGCUAAAAAUUCCCCGUUAAUUCUAGGAAAUUCUGUGCAUAGGCAAUAGUGUUUAAUUUGAAUGGUCACAUAAUGUGCAGACAUGCUACAGAAAGUGAAAAAGAGGCUUUACGAAUGUGCCGUAUUGAGCGUGAAAAGUAAGUCGGAAAUUGUGUGCGGAAUUGUAAAGAAGUCAUCACAUGGUGGCGGUUAUUUAGGAAGAGUGACGGAUUAGGAGGUGUAUUCUUGAGGAAUGUUGAUAAGGAAUGUGUGCAGUAAAGUAAGCAAGAAUUUUGGCAGGAUUGCGCGCGGCAUGUGGGUAUGAUAAUGAAUGUGAGACAAAGAGGCACUGUGUGCUAUUUAGGACAGAGGGUCUAUGGAGGAAAUUAGUUGGAGGGCUUUUCAUUUUUUUAUCAAGUCUUUCAUUUUUCUGGGCUUUUCCAGAGGGAGCUUCACUCAGUUUAAAUUUGGAUAUUUUGUCCUUGCAUUGCAGACCUACAAAUAUCUAUUUUGGAAACCCAAUGUUCUGCCUCUCGGAGGAGUCUGGUACAGCCUUGUAUGGGUUCUAACCAUGCAUUACUAACUACUGCAUGAUAUAAAUGUGUCUGCACAGCAGGCAGCACACGAUUUUGAAUUCUGAAGUUGAUCACAAGUUCACUCUAUGAAAGGGAAGAACUUGAAGCCCAACGCAGUGACUGAGUGACAGGAAAGGAAUGAGAUAUAAUAGCAUUUUUUUUUUUUUUACCAGACUUGCAACUAAUAGGAACUUUAAAAACACAAAAGAGUAUAAAAAUGUAUAUUUCUGAAGCUCCAAUUCAUUUUUUAAAAGAAGAUUUUAAGAAAUAACCCUCAGCACCCUUUGUCGCUUGCCAAUCAGUCCUCACCUCUGUAGUAAUGACGAAUGGCACAGUAAGUUGUCUGAUGGUGAUACUGCAAGUAGAUGGAAAAGUAGGGCUAAAUGGAAAAGUAUGGCUUUAUGGCCAUGAAGCAAUGUUCUGCAAUGUAGAGAAGUUAAGCAAUGCAGCUGUUAAGUGAAACUAGUCAUGCUCUUGAAUGGAAAAGUUAGGAGAGGGAAAAGACAUAGUGGUCCUAAAAGUAGAAAAGCUGUUAAGAGGAUCUUUGUUAUUGUAGUUUAAAGUCUGAAUUGUUCUGCUUUGCAAGUGAGAAUACAUUUAUGAAUACAGGUCUUGCAAAGCUAACAGUAAGGUGGUGACAUGGAAAAUUAAAAAAAAAAAUGUUAUAGUCUGCGUGCCCACACAUGAGAGGUUUAAAGUCGUAAUCCCUAUCCCACACAGAUCCCCUUAACCACAGUACCUACAGCCCAUUAAGUUUCUUCUCAACAUCACAUUGCCUGUGUAGGUGUGCAUACUUUUAGUGUCUUUAUAAGGUCUCUGUGUGCGAGUGUGUGUAUCUAUGACUAACAGUAUGGUAAGACAAGACAGAGAGGCGAGGAGAAAAAAGAAAGGGCAUGAGACUGAAACAAUGAUCGAUAGACUCAAUAAAACGCAAACGAGAAAAACAGCAACCCUGCAAUAGGUGCAAAAAUCUCCCCAAGGUCUGCCAAAGACAGGGAAAUCCAUUUGAUCAUGAUGAGCUCAGAGGGCUGUUGUUUGAUUUCGACCUGUAAACUCAACAAAGGAGCCACAUGGACAACCCCCGGUGGAGGAGGCUUUUACACUGGAAGAUGAAUAAAUAGUUUUCUCUCAUUUUGGAACAGUGUGAGCAUCAGUAGCUGUAGUCUGCUUCGAGACACACAUCUGUGAAAAGUAAACCAGUUAAACCAAAGGUUAACUGAACCUUAGAAGCAGCAGUUUUACUGCACUGUACAAUAACUAACCAACAUCCAGGGAAUUCUUUGCAGCAAACCCGGGUAACAUUUCAUUUGAUAUGUGCAAAAACAAAACGGCCUUUUCAUGCGUAGCAUUUAUCCAUGCACUACACGAGUUCAUUCUGAGCCAUGCACCUUUUUGAGUUUUACAUUUUACAAAGCCUGCAUGCAGGAUUUUCUUAUUGCUUUCUAAUGAACACUAAUGAUCCUCAAAAAUCCACAAAACCGUGAACCAAAUCAACCUGCAUUCACAGUACAGAAAUGUGCGCCACAUUGUCAAAUUAAAGGGAAAAAUUAUGUUUAACUAGCACCCUCUAAUGGAUGUAGUUGGUUGCUAAGAGGCAGAAUUUUUAAUCAGGGGCAGAAAGCUGCAGUGCUGAAGGCAUAACUUCAAGAAUUUUUUUUCUUCCACAGAAUUGUAAUAACACGGCAAUUUAUCAUGACAUUUGGCUGUUUGCAUCAUACCCUAAUGUGGUUAUAAUGUGCUCGUCGUGGGUUCCUAAUGUGGUUUUGAUGCCACCGCCUUGCUAUGCUGUAAGUUUAAAUAGUCAAAAUGCAGCAUCUCACUGAAUUUGAUUAAUGCUAUCCCAAUGAAUUAUUUUAUCUAUUACAACUCGCAAACAAUCACUAAUGGCACAUGACAGUGGUCCAUACACAAGAGAUUUAACAAUAUAAAUUGGAUAACACAAUAUGCACACCAUUAUAAAAUACAGUUUUCUAAAAAUCCUUUCCCUCUUGCAUAACCUAAGUGGGGUUCAAACUGAUGGAUCUCAUUUUUGAAGGCAGUUGUGCCAACUAAAUACCUCAAAAACCAUCCUAAAUAAAUUAUAAAUCAGUCCUGGAAUUACGGCAGUACAAAAUGGAUGUGUGCCACGCUCGCUGUUCCAAGCGUUUUAAAUAUUCAAAACAGGACACUAACAGAAAUUGAGCCUUGGCUGCAACACUGUUUUUGAAUAGUUCUUUUUGAAUAAGGAUUUGUUUAAUGUGCAGAAUGCACAAAGCCAAAUAGACUGAACCUGUGGAGUAUGCUGAUAUUUCUGCUGUUUCAGUGAGUGAAUGGCAUCUUUCAGGAAUGCGUGAGCAUGUGAGGAAUCUACACAGGGUAGCAGACUGCUUCCAAACAACAGAAGUUGUCUGGAUGGUUUAUAUGUGCGGGAUGCUGUCAGUUUACAUAUAUGUUAAUACUAACAAAUAUUGUAUAUCUGAUCUACUAACACAUAUUUUCAUUUUCUUAAAACUGUACUAACUGUGUUAGUGUUGUACUUUUUUUUUUUUUUACUGCCUUUCUGUUGUUAUACCUUUUCAUGUUUUUCGUUGAUGUUGUUUUUAUGAAGAAUUGUUCUUAUUUGGUUGGACUUGCUCGGUUUUAUUUGUUGUAUUUGCUCAGCACUGUUGAACUCACACCGAUGGGGAAACUUCCCCCAAACAGAAUCUCACUGUGUGACCAAGUCAGAAAGAUAAAAUAAAAACAGCAGAACAGUUUCUAAAGCCAAUACGUGUCCCGACAUGUUCAGCAAUGACUUUGGUGGCAUCAGACUUACGGUCACACGAGUCUUCCAGACGGUUUCCCACUCUUGUUCUUACAGACUCUUAACUUCUCUCUCUCAAACUGAUCUCGUUGUCUUCCAAAAAACAAACAAACACUUUAAAAAAUUAAAAAGAUAAAGAAGCCAUAAAUAACACUGGGCCUUGGCACCGAUUAUCCACAGAGGGCAGGCCUGACUCCUCAGGCACCUCCCGAGUGUCACCAGGGAUUUAAACACGGACUCCUUGCACUAAGAGCCCAAAGAAGCAGCAGAAGCAGGGACGUUCUGGCUUUUCUGGAUAAGCCAAAAAGCAGCAAAGCAGGAAUAAAGACCAGCAAUAUGCAACCAGAACUACCAGCCUGCACUCAAGGAGGGGAAACAAAUCUAACACGCUAACUGCACUCACAACUUGCAGGCUAUAAUGACAGUCUGCAAUAAGAAUUACUAAUUGUCCAGACUGACAUGGUUUGUUUUUUUUCUUAAUUUUGUGGUUUUUGCAAAGCAUGCAUACUUUAAUGUUCUUUGGCUCCUUACGGAUGACUCCCUCUCAGUAUCGACAGACACGUGCCCUCAAUUCACCCUCUCUCCAUGAUUGCCAUCAGACCUGUGUAUAUUUCUACAAUAACUCCUACAUGAAAUGAAAGGAGGUGUCUUAUUCUGAAAUAAUAUUCAAUAAAAUAACAU